UCCCAAACGCUAUAAUCCCUUGUAAACGCACCCCUCUCUCUCUCUCUCUCUCUCUCUCUAAAUUGUCCUAAAUCCACUGUUUCCAAAAAAACACAAAUGGAGGAGUUCGAAGAGUCGGACAUAUUAUGGCCCGAAACGUCGGAGGAUUAUCACGAGGACGGUGCUAAAUUCAUAUGGUUCAACUAUAACACGCCCCGAAGCAAAGCAAAUCCACUACGUGCAAAACCACAAACGGAGGAGUUCGAAGAGUCGGAUAUAUUAUGGCCUGAUACGCCAGAGGAUCAUUACAGGGACGGUGCUGAACACAAAUGGCUCAACUAUAAUCUCCCCGACGAGAGCCCCAACACGUGCCCUCCCAAACCGGACGGUCGGGGGGUCUCGUCCCCGAUCGACAUCCCCAAAAGGGUUCCGACUGGCCGGCCACCGUCGCGGGCGCCGGCCUUGGCGGGCACCGUCCUCGCCGUCAGCGGCGAGAGCGCGCACGGCGCGAGUGCUAGCACAAUAAAUGGAGGCCAAAAUUUUGUACCACCGCAUGUUGUUGUAGCUCGGAGGAUCAACAAACGCAAGAUGGUGUUGAUGAUCUACGGGAAAACACUCGAGGGGAGGAGAAAUAUUAUUCCUCAACAUGUAAGAUAAUUUUCUAAUUAUCUUAUGCAUCAAGGAGGGUUUUGGGCUAAUUAAUUAAGUUCCUUUGUUAAUAUUUUGUCCAAGAGAUAUAAAGGUGGGGAAAAAUAUAUAGAGAUGGGUUUUUUCUUUUAUUUUAAGUUUUUUAGGUGAAAAUGUUUAGGCCAUAUAUAUCUGAACUAUAGCAUAUUUUUAAAUGGGUACUGAAAUUUGAAAAAUUUUAAUUUCACUGUGUAAUUGCACAAUAUAUAUAUCCUUUUGAUCAAUUUCUAAAAUAAUUUUUUUAAAUUUUAGGUACCCAUUUUAAUUAAGAUGAGAUAUGGUUUAGGGAAGGUCUAUUCAUUGCUACCUUUUUUUUUUUUUUGCUAUAAUGUGUAAGUAGCUUGCUUUCUUUUUUUGGAGGGGGGGGAGUGAAGUUAAUAGAUGUAAAUAAUGAGGGGAAAACAUAAAUGAGAGUUUUUGUUCAUGUUUAAUUGGGUUUGUUGUUACUCAAUUGAAUUAACUCUCCUAUAUUCCUAUUAUUAUUAUUAUUGGAGUAAUUUG